GCGGGUUGAGGCGCGGGGCGGGGACCGGUGGGAGGGAGGCGGCGGCGCGUGCCAUGCGCGCGGGGGGGCGGGCCCGGCGCUGUUAACCCCUCGGCGACCGGUGGCAGUGACCCCAGGGGCCGCGGCCCCGGGCGGCGGGAGAGGGGGCGGGCGGGGGGUUGGCCCCAUGCGGCGCGAGUAGCGCCGGUUCCUGAGGGAGCGGAGUUGAGAGCCAUGGCCGACGCGGCCCCCGCAGAGCCGGGGCCGGAGCCCGAGCCCCGGGGCGAACCGGAGCCCCAGGGCGAACCGGAGCCGCAGCCGGAGCCCGAGCGGGGCGACGCGCCGGCAGCGGACGGUGAGGCCGGGCAGCUGCCGCCCCCCGGGGCGGAGGAGGCGGUGGCAGCAGAGACGGCGGGCGGCGCCGAGGGGCGGCCGUCGGCGGGCGGAGCGGCGCGUCCCGGCCUGGGCCCGCGGUACCGGUCGUCGGUGGGUCGCACCGAGGAGUUGCCGGUGAAGAAGAAGCACCGCCGCCGGCCGUCGAAGAAGAAGCGGCGCUGGAAGCCGUACUCGAAGCUGACCUGGGAGGAGAAGCAGCAGUUCGACGAGCGGCAGAGCCUCCGCGCGUCCAGGCUGCGCGCAGAGAUGUUCGCCAAGGGGCAGCCGGUGGCCCCCUACAACACCACCCAGUUUUUGAUGGAGGACCACGACCAGGAGGAGCCCGACCUCAAAACGGGGCUGUACCCGCGGCGGGCCGCCGCCAAGUCGGACGACACCAGCGAGGAGGAUUUCCUGGAGGAGGCGGCGGACGAGGACGGGGGCAGCGACGGGAUGGGGGGGGACGGCAGCGAGUUUCUGCAGAGGGACUUCUCGGAGACCUACGAGCGGUACCAUGUGGAGAGCCUGCAGAACAUGAGCAAGCAGGAGCUGGUGAAGGAGUACCUGGAGCUGGAGAAGUGUCUCUCCCGCAUGGAAGAGGAGAACAACCGGCUGAGGAUGGAGAGCAAAAAACACGGGGGGGAAACGGCGGAGACGGCGCGGGUGCGGCAGCUGGAGCUGGAGGUGGACAGGUUGAGAGCCGAGAACCUGCAGCUGCUGAAGGAGAGGGACCUGUCCGGCCAGGAGAAAGACCCCUGCGAGCUGGGGGAGUGACCCUGAAGGGUUGG